AUGACGCAAGAGCAGGUCAGUGCCUAAUUUUUAAAUAUUUUUCUUCUUUAUUUCUCUCUCUUUCUGUAGUGCUUAUUUCUUGUUACUUCCCUUUAUGGUAUGUUAUGUACAACUUUAGGAGUAUGACAAAAAGCAUGCAGUUACUUUAUUCUCAUUUACCGGCUAUCCAGCAUCUGCAUUACAGCAGUGAUUUGGUGAACCACUGAUGAAUAACCUUGCCUGAGACCUGAAGACAUCUUUAUGCUCUUUUUAUUUUAUUUUAUUUAACCAGGUAAGCCAGUUGAGAACAAGUUCUCAUUUACAACUGCGACCUGGCCAAGAUAAAGCAAAGCAGUGCGAUAAAAACAACAACACAGAGUUACAUAUGGGGUAAAACAAAACAUAAAGUCAAAAAUACAACAGAAAAUCUAUAUAUAGUGUGUGCAAAUGUAGCAAGUUAUGGAGGUAAGGCAAUAAAUAGGCCAUAGUGCAAAAUAAUUACAAUUAGUAUUAACACUGGAAUGAUAGAUGUGCAAGAGAUGAUGAGCUCUUGAUCAACCAUCUACGCUUUAGCUGAGCGGGCAAACACAGUCAUGUGGGACGCUGAGCAGGUGAUCUGUGUUGAAACCCAGUCACAUAGAUCUUGUAUAUUCAUUGUGUGUUAAACGUUACUUUCGGCCGCAGGGGGACCAGCAGCUCUGCAAAGUCCAGGAGGCCCAGCGUGUGGAGCGUGCCGUGCUGCUGGAAGCCGUCCAGGGCCUGGCGAUCGAGCUGUCUGUGUGCCAGCAGAGACAGAAGGACCUGCAGGACACCUUCUCCACAGCCCAGAGCCACUGGAGGGCCCAAGAGGAGCAGCUGAACCAUGAAGGUAACAAUGGCACUCAUUUUCAUCUAAUAUGUAUGUUAUAAUUUGGUGCGAUGUUUCCCAAUCUGUUUUUUGGGGAAGAUCCUAGCAUUUGCUGCAAAAAAAGCCUGUUUCAGAAGUGUGUGUGGUGUGUGUAAUGUCCUCCCUUACCUGUUUGUUGGGAGAACAGAGGCAGAUGACCGACAGUUUGAUUGAGACAGUCAAAACCGAGCAGAAGAAAGCAGCCAAUCAGUUUGCAGAGCGUAGGUCAGUAAAUUGAUAAUGAAAGGCUGUGUAAAAAGGUUGCUACUCAAGAGCUUGAUGAUUAUUUGAUUUAUUGAAUCACAAACACAUUUAUGAUUGCUGGGGACCGGAAUUGAAAAUCCCAGAUUUAAGUUGAAAAUGACUCCUUGUUGACCAUUUCUUCUUUAUUUCAUGAAGCAUGGAAAAGCCAGGCAAUCAGGAGGAGGGCAGACAAGAUGAGGUCAAAUUUAUGUAUCUGUUUAUUCCUCAUUGACCUUAGCACUGUUUAUUGAGGAGUUAUGCCAGCUGUACAUACUUCCCCUUACUUCUCUUUUAGAUGGUUGCUGAUGCUGCUGAAGGCAAGGGCUACACUCAGAGCAGGCCCCGGCUGCGGCGCACCAUGAAGCUCCACUCCGACCUGCACCAGGCCCUAGAGGGCCUCCAGCAGCAGACACCAGCAUCACCAUCACCCUCCCCAUCAUUAGACCCCAUGAGCUCCUACCAGGUCUCCGUCCAGCAGCUUCAGGAGGAGCUGCAGAGAGAGAAGGACCAAGUAUCGCGGCUGGUGGAGCGUCUGGAGAGGGCCGAGCAGAAGUCAGAGGAGCUGAGGCUGGAGCAAGAGCAAGACACCCAGGAAAGCUGGGACACUGUCCACCAGGAGAUGGAGACCAACCAGGAGAUGGGUGGCUUGGUGGAGCGGAUGAGGGAGAAGGUGCAGGAGGUCAGCGCCAUACUGCGCCGCAAGAUAAGCUGGGGUGGAUGGGCUGGGAAGAAGGAUGAGGUGGAAGAAGAAGAGGAGGAGGUGGGGAAGCCUGCAAACGCCCUUAACUCAGAGUGCAUAAACCAGUGUCAGGCAAUGCACCCAGAUCCACAAAUGCUAGAACAGGCCCAAGGGAACCCAGACCUAGAACCAGAGAAGGGAGCCCAGGACCAGCACUCCUGCCUGGAGACGUUGCUGUGGAGGUGGCAGAGGACGCUGGGGGGACAGUGGGACAUUGUGAAGAGGCUGAAGGCCGACAUGAAGAGGGAGACAGAGAGCAUGCAGGUGCUGGCCGCAGGCCUCUUGGACAACAGACAGAACAGCCUGGACACAUGCCAGGUCCAAGCCCUUGAAGAGCACCUGGAGAUCUGGAGGCGGAGGCAGAGAGAGAUGAAAAUGCAGGUAAGAUGGAUGCUUGUUUAGUUCAAGUGAGUCUUAUCUCUCAUGCUUUUCAUUUUUUCAAUUUGUAUAAAAAAAUAAAAUAAUAAUAAUAAAAGGGAAGCUAUGCAUGUGGGCCUACAUUGAGCCCUGAGCUACAAAUCCAGUCUAAUGUCUAGUGGUUCGCUUUUUCAGCUGUCUGAAAUGCAGGCCCAGUUUGACGUGGAGCGGAACCGCUCUGCCGAGUUCCUGAAGGAGAACGACAAGCUGAGCAGGCUGCUUCGCACGGUGGAGUCCUCGGUUGCCGACCUGCAGCCCCUACCCACCUACCACCAGGUCCUAGUGGAGGACGCCAUGAAGGACAACUCUAUACAACAUGGCCGCCACAGGAGCAAGAUGUAA